GCUCCGACUAACAUGUUCCUUAAAAGCCGGGCUCCGAGGGCACCUCCCCGAGAGCGACUGAACGCUAACCCCGGCAGGCGGAGGCAGACAGUCGCAGCCCCGCCCCCGGCUUUGGGCUCCACCUCUCGGCCCCACUUCCGCCGGGCGAGGCGAUGUAGGCGUCGCUGCCGUAAAUCGGGAGGGCGGUUUGCCGCAUCACGGAAGAUGGCGGCCGCGGCGGUGAACGGGGUGGCGGGCGCCUCGAGCUCGGGGCCUGCGGCGGCCUCGGGCGCAGUCCUGCAGGCCGCGGCCGGCAUGUACGAGCAACUCAAGGGCGAAUGGAACCGUAAAAGCCCCAAUCUUAGCAAGUGCGGGGAAGAGCUCGGCCGUCUCAAGCUGGUUCUGUUGGAGCUCAACUUCCUGCCAACCACAGGGACCAAACUGACCAAACAGCAGCUCAUUCUGGCCCGUGACAUCUUGGAGAUCGGGGCCCAGUGGAGUAUCCUACGCAAGGACAUCCCCUCCUUCGAGCGGUACAUGGCCCAGCUCAAAUGCUAUUACUUCGAUUACAAGGAGCAGCUCCCGGAGUCAGCCUACAUGCACCAGCUCUUGGGCCUCAACCUUCUCUUCCUGCUGUCCCAGAACCGGGUGGCUGAGUUCCACACAGAGUUGGAGCGUCUGCCUGCCAAGGACAUCCAGACCAAUGUAUACAUCAAGCAUCCGGUGUCCCUCGAGCAAUACCUGAUGGAGGGCAGCUACAACAAGGUGUUCCUGGCCAAAGGCAACAUCCCUGCUGAGAGCUAUACCUUCUUCAUCGACAUCUUGCUUGACACUAUCAGGGAUGAGAUUGCUGGGUGCAUCGAGAAGGCCUAUGAAAAAAUCCUCUUCACUGAGGCCACCCGGAUCCUCUUCUUCAACACACCCAAAAAGAUGACAGACUACGCCAAGAAGCGAGGGUGGGUCCUGGGCCUCAACAACUACUACAGCUUUGCCAGCCAGCAGCAGAAGCCGGAAGAUACCACCAUCCCCUCCACGGAGCUGGCCAAACAGGUCAUCGAGUAUGCCCGGCAGCUGGAGAUGAUCGUCUGAGCCCACCAGGCACUGGGGUGGAGCAGAGCUUGCAUUAUUUAAGGCAGUUGCAGUGCAGGGUUUCCCCCAAUAAAGGUGGAUUGACAUUUUCUCUCUUA